AUGGGCAAAAACUGUAUAUACCUGCCCCACGAAGACCGGUACUACGUGUUUGGGUCCAACCACUACCGGUGUCUGUGCUUGGGCCAUAAAAAGGUAGUAGAGUACCCUGUACAAUUAAUCAGUAAGGGUAUCACAGAGUUCUACAAAACCUGUAUGUUUGGACGGAACCCGGAUGAUGAAUACCCCGUAGAGGAGCAGGUGGUCAUCAAGGACUUAAGCGGGAAAGGCAUCACAAAAAUGUACAAGGGCAGCAACUUCAUGAUUGCCACUAUUCGCGACAAAAGUAUUCAUCGGAUCCAAACUAAGCUCACGGCAGAUGUGGGUACCUAUGGAUAUAUCGCACAAGAGGUUUGUCACGGAGGGAACUACAACCAUAAAUGCGAUAUUUAUAGCCUGGCUAUAAUUGGCACACACUUGUUUGAGUUUGAUUUAUCAACAUUCGACAAGGACAGCGCACGACAACUCCCGCUCACUGUCCGGUCGGGUCUGUCCGCCCAUCAGGUCAUUGGCGACGACUCCGACGAUUACAUUGAUUUAAGCCGUUCGCCAACUAAAGCCAACAGAGCCAGGCCUACCACCACAAGGGCAAACCCUCCCGUCCCCCCUGUUGUAAAGCCUUCAAAUGGACCGCCCGUUCCGAGUAAAACCCGUUCCGCCACCAGUACCCCAGUCAACACGACAACUACUAUCUGUAGCACCAGUUCAACGGCAAUUAGUUCCGGUUCCGUUGCAACCGACACCAGUACCACAACAUACUGCUCCCGUUCAGCCACACUCAACCAAUGUACCGGCCCCACCACCACCACCAACAACAGGCAGUCCACCAUCAAAUGA